AUGAGCGAUGGAGAGAAUGAUUCUGAGAACAACGACGAGGGACAAUACCGCGAAGUUGACAUCUUUUUGUCCAAAUUCCAAGUCAAAUCCUCAGACAUGUCUGAGGAGAUGAUAGAAAAUGUCAACGAUGUGCUAAAGAACGGCUUUGAGCAAUGCGAGUUCCAUCGUUAUGAUAGCGAUAGGCAAAGUGAGCUUGCUGAGUUGGUAAAAAGAGAAAUGGACAAGAGGUAUCAACCCUCCUGGCAUUGCAUUGUUGGCGAAAAGUUUGGCACAUUUGUGACACACUCGAAGGGCAACUUCAUCUACUUAUCUCUUGAGAAAAAAGGUUACAAUGAGAAGAACAUAAACAUUGUCCUAUUCAAGACAUAA